UGCAACCAGAAUGCACUGAGAGAGGGCAGGAGGAUCCUGAGGCCCUGUACAUAGUUGAGAAGAUGCUGGAGACCUGUGGCAUUGAGGGGUCUCUGAAGAUCACACUCCAUAUCCUGAGGAACAUGAAGAAGAAGGAUGUCACUGACCCACUGGAGAGAGAUGAGCAGCACAAUGAAUUCAAAGAAAGAGCCCAGCAGGCACUGAAAACUCAUCUGAAGAAGAGGUUUGAAUGCAUAUUUGAAGGUUUAGCAAAGCAGGGCAACCCAACCCUCCUCAAUGAGAUCUAUACAGAGCUCUACAUCACAGAGGGGGGAAGUAGGGGGGUCAAUGAUGAACAUGAGAUCAGACAGAUUGAGAUAGCAUCGAAGAGGCAAACCACACAUGAGACCGCAAUCAUCUGCAAUGACAUCUUUAAGCCUUCACCUGGACAAGAGAAACCAAUCAGAACUGUGCUUACAAAGGGCAUCGCUGGCAUUGGGAAAACAGUCUCUGUGCAGAAGUUCAUUCUGGACUGGGCAGAUGGAAAAGCCAAUCAGGACAUUGAUUUCAUCUUCACUCUUCCUUUCCGAGAUCUGAAUCUGAAAAAGGAGAGAGAAUUUAGUCUCAUGGAACUUCUGCAGCACUACUAUCCACAACUGAAAGAGAUCAAAAGUUUUGAAGAUGAUGAAGUCAAAGUUGUGUUCAUCUUUGAUGGUCUGGAUGAGUGUCGACUUCCUCUAGAUUUCCAAAGCAAUGAGAUUUGCUGUGAUAUAACAGAGUCAUCAUCAUUGGAUGUGCUGCUGACCAACCUCAUUAAGGGGAAUCUGCUUCCCUCUGCCCUCCUCUGGAUCACCUCCCGACCAGCAGCAGCCAAUCAGAUCCCUCCUGAGUGCGUCCACCAGGUGACAGAGGUACGAGGAUUCAAUGACCCACAGAAGGAGGAGUACUUCAGGAAGAGAAUCAGAGAUCGGAACAAGGCCAGCAAAAUUAUCUCACACAUAAAGUCAUCCAGGAGUCUCUACAUCAUGUGUCACAUACCAGUCUUCUGCUGGAUUUCUGCCACUGUACUGGAGACAAUGUUGGGUAAAGUACGCAAUAGAAAAAUGCCCAAAACUCUGACUGAAAUGUACACACACUUCCUGCUCAUUCAGACUAAUGUGAAGAAUGAGAAGUAUCAUGGCACCAAUGAGACAACCCCAAAGAAAAUGUCAGCAUCAAAUACAGAAAUCAUCCUGAAACUGGGGCAGCUGGCUUUACUACAGCUGGAAAGGGGCAAUCUGAUAUUCUAUGAAGAGGACCUGAGAGAAAGUGGCAUUGAUGUCAGUGAAGCUUCAGUGUACUCUGGGGUGUGCACAGAGGUCUUUAAAGAGGAGUGUGGGUUGGGUGAGAAGAAGGUCUACUGCUUUGUGCAUCUGAGCAUUCAGGAGUAUCUGGCUGCCUUGUUUGUGUUUCAUUCAUGUGUGAAUGAGAACAGAAAUGUACUCAGAGCAGAAGAAUCAAAACCUUGCAGUGACAGAGUGCAGCUGUCUGAGUUACACACGACUGCAGUGGAUCAGGCCUUAGGGAGUAAGAAUGGACACCUGGACCUUUUCCUCAGAUUCCUUCUAGGCCUCUCUCUGGACUCCAUUCAGACUCUAUUAGGAGGAAUACUGACACAGACAGGAAGCAGAUCACCUGUACCAGAUCCACAGACACAGACAGGAAGCAGAUCACCUGUACCAGAUUGGAUAAAAGCACUAUAUAAAUACAGUCCAUUUACCAUUUACCAUUUAGAUCCACAGACACAGACAGGAAGCAGAUCAGAGAGCAUUGAGAAAACAGUAUUGUACAUAAAGGAGAGGAUCAAAAAAGAAUCUUCAGCAGAGAGGACCAUAAAUCUUUUCCACUGUCUCAAUGAACUGAAUGACAACUCUCUAGUGGAGGAAAUCAAGAAUUUACAGAGAUCAGGAAAACUCUCUAAUGAAAAGCUGGAACCACACCAAUGUUCAGCCAUGGCCUUUAUGUUACUGAUGUCAGAGGAGAUCCUAGAUGAGUUUGACUUGAAGACCUACAAAACAUCAGCAGCAGGUUAUCAGAGACUGCUACCAGUAGUCGGGAACUGCAGGAAGGCCAUGAUGGUAAAAUAAGCAGCUAAAGAAUCAAGACCAGAGAUCCAAGACUGUGAUCAUAAAAGACCAAGGCAGAGCUGAGAAGCAAGGCAAAUGGCACAAGAUCACAGGCUCACUU